ACGGUACAAUGAUGUUUGUUCGAGUCGUUAUCAUUCGUGAUAUGGCAAACUAUCUGUCCAAAGCCGUCACCAUUGUUACAAGAUAUUCAGCUGUUCGCCGACAAAGCCCAAUUGAUCCGGCGAAGAAAGAGGUGCAGGUUAUCGAUCAUGUCACACAGCAAUACAAAGUGUUCCCGAACAUCGCGAAAGUUGUGAUUUUCCAAUUGACGGCGGACUACAUUUGGAAUCUGUACAAUCAAGUGACGUCUGAGCUGGACAAAGGACGUUCCCCAUUUUUUUGUCCACUUAACUCAGCAUGA